GUCUCUUCAAAUACGAUCAAGUGUGAUAUAUAUUUCAGGUUAUAAGAGAAAGAAAUUACAAGUUUUAAUUAAUUUGCAAUAAAAAGAUGGUUUUUUUGUCGUUGAAUCUUUUAACGAGAGCUCGUGGACCUGAUGAAUUUUGGCGAAAACGGAAAAUAUUCAAACUUGCCGCGCAUUUUUUUGGUAGAAGAAGGAAUUGUUACAGCAUAGCUAUCAGAGGCGUACAUCGAGCUCUUACAUACAGCACUAUGGGCAGAAAAUUGAAAAAAGAGGAUAUGAAAGAGUUGCGGGAGCAAAGAUUAGGAGCUGCUACGAGUGAACAUGGUAUAAAUUUGACGAUCCUCAGGGAAGGAUUAACAAGAUGUAAUAUUCUAUUAAAUCGAAAAUCACUGACUGAUUUAGCGAUUUGGGAACCUCGAUCUUUCAAAGCCAUCACGGACAUCGCAUGUGCGAGAGCAAAGCAAGAUCAUUUUAAGACUAAACUGAAUAUUCAAGUACCAAAGAAUGUUAUUGUAAGGGGUUUAAUUAAAUAAUUUUUCAUAAGUA